AUGACGCCAGUGCUUCGUCGUCUUCUGCUGUUCAGAUUGGUCGAUGGCCUUUCGGUUCUUCCUGAGUACAUUGAUAAUGGUGACUGUAGCUGGGUGUGUGAAUAUUGCGGUGCGUUUUUCUGGUACGUCGAGAGGACUCCUAAUAUGUCCACAGUUGCUCACCCAAGGUAUAACCAUUGUUGUAGAGGUGGUAGCAUUGUUCUUCUGUAUCCGUCUAGGUUUUCGUCUCAGUUUAUUCGCCUGUAUGAAAGUCGGAAAUUUUUAAACGAUGUUAGGGCUUACAAUAGUAUGUUUUCAGUGACUUCUUUUGGGGCAAAUGUAGAUGACGACGUCAAUGAUAGUCGUGGCCCAUAUGUUUUUAAGGUCUCCGGACAGAUCAGUGAUAAAAUUGGGUCCCUUUCGGCAGACCCUGCAAAAGGACCGAGGUUUUUGCAACUAUACUUAUUUGAUACGGAUAACGAGGUUGAAAAUCGGUUGAGGGCUUUUGACGGUCCCAGACCGCCGACUUUGGAUUCAACUGUUAUUGAUUAUUUGAGUCGGUUUUUAGCUGAAAGUAAUGAAUACGAUCGUAGAUAUGACCUUCCUUUACCUGGGUCGUUAGGAUGUAUAGUCACCAGCGAUGAUACAACAUCUACCACAUAUGACAUAAUUAUUCACUCACAACAGUGUCAUCCACAGCGCAUCAGUAAGCUCCAUCCCAGCUAUAUGCCUCUACAAUAUUCGCUUUUGUUCCCUUCUGGUGAGGAGGGUUGGUCUCCCCGUUUAAAGCUUGGCAAUCGGAGGGGUGCGAAUGCUCAGAAUCUAACUGUAAAUAUGUAUUAUGCGUAUCAUGUCCAUGCCCGUCAGCAUAUAUGGUCUCCAAUUAUCAACUCAUCACGUCUCUUUCAGCAAUAUUUGGUGAAGGCAUAUACGUGUAUAGAGGAAAGUCGGUUGGAUUACAUUGUAAGACAUCAAUCAAAUCUUCGUUCGGAUUAUGUUAGUGGCCUAUACGAUGCUCUUUCCAAGGGUGAUAGAGAUGUAGGGUCCAUUGGAAAACAGGUUUUUUUGCCAGCAUCAUUCACCGGAGGACCCCGUUUCAUGUACAGUCAUUAUCUAGAUGCUCUAUCCAUAUGUAGGGUGUAUGGUAAUCCACAGUACUUUAUCACCUUUACAUGCAACGUCAAAUGGCCAGAGAUCACCCGGUAUAUGGAAACACAUCAUCAAAUCGAUACCCAUAGUAGAGUGGACAUAAUUAGUCGAGUCUUCAAUAUAAAAGUUCGUGAGUAUAAUCCGGUUUCUUAA